UUUCAUUUCAUUCAUAAUAUUUCGACGAUCAUCAUAAUUUAUAAUUCAAAUUCAAAUUUAUAUAAUAAUGCUAAUGAAUGCUGUUCGUUAUGUAAUUGUAACACGAAUUAAUUGAUCAUUUAAUUUGAUCUCGACAAAGUUUCCAUUACGAUUCUUAAGUGAUCGUAAUUAUUAUCAUAUAUAUAGCCAAUAUUAAAGAACAAAAAAAAAUUAAAGCUGUAUACCAAAAUUUUCUCACCACAAUCAUUUCAGGCGGCUUCACAGAUCGCACACGAUCUGUUGACCGGAAAGAUUGAUAACAUCCACGUGGCUGCUGCGGCUCAGGCUGUUCAUUCACAUUAUCAACAUCAUCAUAAUAAUGACCAACAACAACAAACGCAUAUCAUUGAUCAGCCGAAUCAUCCGCAUCAUCAUCAUCACCAACAACAACAACAACAACAUUCAAAUGGGCCACCUUCCAUGUUGUUCACACAACAUCAACAAAAUUCCGAUCUCAAACGUGGACGUGGAAGACCGCGAAAAGAAAUGGAAACAUCCAAUAAAGAUACAUCGAAUAGUUCGACAUCAUCUUCAUCGUCAUCGUCAUCGAUCAAGUCAUCUUCCAAGACGAGAAAUAAUCGUAAUGGUUCAGCCAAAAAACUCUUUCCAUGCGAUUGGCCCGAAUGUGGUAUGUGGUUUUCGCAAUCAUCUAACCUAAACAAACAUUACUUAACUCAUACGAAUGAAAAGCCAUUUAAAUGUUUAUGGCCAAAUUGUAAUAAAAGUUUCAAACAAAGUUCCAAUCUGAACAAGCAUCGAUUUGUACAUACAGGUGAAAAGCCAUUCGCGUGUGAUUAUCCUCAAUGUACUAAACGCUUCUCUCAAUCAUCCAAUCUUAAAAAACAUAAAUUAGUCCAUAGUGGAGAAAAGCCAUACAAAUGCCAAUACCCAGGCUGUACGAAGAUGUUUGAUCAAUCAUCGAAUCUAAAUAAACAUUACCUGACACAUAUGGGACAAAAACCAUAUCAAUGUCAAGAUUGUGGUGAUAAAUUCUCACAAACAUCCAAUUUGGCCAAACAUAUGCGUAAACAUGGCCGUAAUGAUUGUAGUAGUCCGCCUUUAUCUCCCAUAAUUGCCGAUCAACCAAAUCGAUUGAUUAAUCAUCAAAUGCCAUUGUUUAUGACGACCGAUAAUAAGCGAAAUCCAAAUUCGAUUCAACCACAUUCACAACAGCAACAGUUGACAGCAAUCACUACCUCGAAUUGUUAUCAUACUAAUGGACAAAACAAUGGUAAUCAGUCACACCAUCAUCAUGUUCCUCAUCUAUUGCAUGAUCCAAAUGAUCAACAAUUGACGUCCACACAUACAUCAUCAGAUCAAUUGGCUGGUUCUAUUCGAAUACAUAAUGCAACAGCUAUGGCACUAUUCAGCAACCAUAAUCCCAAUAAUCAUUCUAAUCACUCCCGAUCAUCGACAGCAACAGCUACACCUGUAUUUGUUACAGAUACGAAUAAAUUUAUAUCUGCUCAUAAUUUUCUGACACCGACGUCACGACCAUUGGCCAUACCUCCAUAUAUUUCAUCGCCAUCACAGGCGGCUUCGGAUUCUAUUUCUACGACAGCAGUUCCAGUAACGACCAGGACCAAAUCCCAACCAAAUCGAAUAGUGGAUUCACCACAUUCAACUACAUCUCAUUCGUUUACACCGUCACCUAAUCCAUCCACCUCGUCUUCAUCAUCAUCACAACAACAUCAAUCAUCUCAACAGCAGCAAUCAUCUACAUCCACGUGUCAUUCUUCCGUGGCAGCCAUUUCUGCUAUUAUAAUUGAAAAUAAAACAUCUAGUAAAUCAACUUCUACUACGAAAACAUAGACAAAUUAAAAUUGAUUUGUGAAAAAAGACUAAUUUUUU